GCGCAGCGGCAGCGGCUACUGCGGUGGAAGGACCCAGCCCUGCAGGAGGGCCACAGGUGCGCCGCAGGGGACUUCACCUCCGUGCUCUACUCCGUGAUCGAGGCGCGCAACACAGUUCAGGCUGGCACCUCUGCCCUGACGAUCGGCGACGUGAACGCCGCGCUGGACCGAAUCCACGACGCCGGCGAGACCACGGAGAAGCGCGCGCAGCUGAUGGAGCUCGUCAGGCGCGCCUCUGGCAUGGAGCAGAAGUGGAUCGUGAAGAUCCUCCUGAAGGACCUCAAG